GCCCCGCAGGGCCCAGGGGCGAGGGGCUGGCAUGCUCCUCCGCGGUGCAAUGGGGGCAGCAGGAGACCGCCGCCCCCCGGGGGAGAGAGCGGCUGCGCCCCCUGCUGCCCGACCCUUCGUGUCCCUUGACCUAGAUAACUGAGACGGAGACUUCACCCCAGGUGUCCAGAGACGCUUUCCUGUCAUCUCUCCCCUCCACCUCUGUCGCCAUUUAGCUCGCACCUGUCCCUAGGGUCCGGUGCCCCGGGGCACCCUUGCCAAGUAGACAGCUGUCUUCGGAAUCUCCACCCGCCUGCUGCCUCCCAAGCCCCCACUGCAGGAAUGGGGCGGAGGGAAGACCCUCACCAGGAAAGACCCUCCAGUAAAGCCCCUCUCUCCACUGUGUGGCCCUCUGGACCACCCGCCUUCCCCGAUCGCUGGGCCAUCUUCCUCCGUCCCUGCCUCUGCUCCCGGGGCCUCCCAGCCCGCCCCACUUGGUCUCGUCUCCCCUGUUGCUGUUUUGGAGGUGUUCUCUUCCAGCCUCUUUUCUGACUUUCUCCUCCCCGUGACCCCCUUUCUCGCCCCACCAGGAAAAGGGGGUGUGUCAUGCUGCUUUCUAUUUAUGGUCCCCCUGGGGAGGGGUGCGCUGUAGGAUUUUUUUGGCAUCUGCUGGGCCCGGAGUCACGAGGUGUCAUGUCUGUGAUUCGGUGUCUGUGCCUCCACCCGCUCCCCUCUGUCAUCUCCUGCAGCCCCGCAUCUUUCUGUCGCCUUUGUCUCCUUUCCGCCUCCGUUCCUGUCCCUUUCGCUCUCAUCUUCGGGCGCUUUGUGUAGCUGCCUUCUUUGUCUCCGCCUCUCCGCGUCCCUGCUCCCUUCCCUCCCUCUCCUCCCUCUCCUCCCUCCCCCGGUUCAGAGAAGCCUCCGGCCUCAAGGGUGUCAAUAUUUCAGGGUAAUGAAGCUGGAUGCAGGCUGUGGCGCAGCCACCGCAGAGGUCCCUAAGCCAGAAACGGAGGCUGCACGAGAUGCAGAGCCGAGCUCCGAGACCCGGCCAGGAGAGGCAGGGGCCAAGUCCAGAGGGCUUGAGGCUGAGGCCGAGCCUCUGCGGGUCGACUCAGGGCCUGAGGUCAAGGGCGAGUCCUUAGGGGGCAAGCCCAGGUCUGAAUCAGGGCCUGAGGCUGAGGCCGAGCCAUUGGACUUCGUGGUGGCCACAGAACGGGAGUUUGAGGAGGUGCUGGCCAUUUCGGGGGGCAUCUACGGUGGCCUCGACUACCUUCCCAGCCGCUACCACAGCUGGCUCCAGGAUCCCGACCGCACAGUGGUGCUGGCCAAGCGCAACGGAGGAGUGAUCGCUCUGGAGUCGGUGAACGUGAUCGACGCGGGGCAGACGGCGCUGGUGGAGGGGCUGCGCGUGGCGCCCUGGGAGCGCGGCAAGGGAGUGGCCGGGCUGCUGCAGCGCUUCUGCUCGCAGCUGGUCAAGAGACAGCACCCGGGGGUCAAGGUGGCACGGCUCACCCGGGACGACCAGCUGGGCCCCCGGGAGCUGAAGAAAUACCGCCUGAUCACCAAGCAGGGCAUACUUUUGGUCCGAUUCAACGCCUCCGCGCUACUGGCUGGGCUGGGCGCGCGGCUGGCAGCGCUGCGGACCUCUGGCACCUUCUCGCCACUGCCCACCGAGGAUGUGUCCGAGGCAGGCGGCGACGUGGCACGCCUCUUGCUGUCGCCCUCCGUGCAGCGCGACGUGCUUCCGGGUGGGACCAUCAUUCAGGACUGGCAGCCCUAUCAGCCAAGUGAGAGCAACCUGCGCCUGCUGGCGUCCAAGGGCCUGGAGUGGCGCGUGGACAGCCGCGCGCGCCCGCGCGUGCUCACGCUGUGCACGCGCCCCUUCCCCAUCCCGCAUGGCGGCGACGGCACUUGGCGCUACCUCAACAUCGACGCCUUCGGCAGCGACGGCGCGCAGGUGCAGAGCCAGCUGCUGUGGCACCUGCAGCGCCAGGCCCCGCGCCUCGCCGGCCUCAACGUCAUGUGCCAGCUCUUCCUGGCGCCCCAGCUGUGGUCACAGCUGGCUGACUUCUGCCAGGUCGGCCUGGGGCUAGAGCUGGUCAAGGGUUACACAGAACAGUACCUGCUGGAGGCCGACAUCUGAGGCCUCAGAGCGGAGAGAGGCAGCACUUUACACCCGCCCUCUCGCGCUGAUCCUCAGUCAGCCCCGCCCCUGCCACUUCGAAGCUCCGCCCCCUUGGAAGUCGCCUCAGAUUCCUACCCCUACCCCUGCGGAUCCCCCACCUUGCCUUUUCUCCUCACCUCUGCCAUCUUGCCUCUAGUGUCCCCAAACGCCCUGACCUGAAACGCUGGAUUUGGGGGAGCCCCCCGAGCUGCUGUUAUCCACCCUCUCCGCUUUCAAAGAACAGUUCUGUUCGCAGGCUGCCGAGUCCUACCUUGUCAUUGCCCCGGCCUAGAGUGAACCCUGCCCUUCCUGCCCACUUGUGGGUGGAAGCGACCAGAAGUGUGUGCCCAGCCCUGGCCCAGAGCGCGGCCCCGCGAUCCGUGUUUCUUUCCUUUCUCCCGCCCUUUCUAAAGCCCUCAGAGCCGGCCUUGCGCUCUUCUCGCUGUCCCCUCAGCCUCUGGGGCCUCCAGAUCAGUGUCCUCUCCCCGCUUCUCUCUGUACCCUUCUCCUCCUCCUCCUCCCUGGAGCUCCCUGACUCAGCUCCUCAGUGCCCAUUUUCCUGCCCCUCUGUCCCCCUUCCCUGUGACCUCCUCAUCGCUGGCCCAGUGUGCAAUGUGGAGACAGACCCCAUAAAGCAAAUGUGUUUAUAAUCCUCCCCCAUUUGGCUCACUGUUUACCUUGGUGAGGCACUGUCCUGAGUCUGCCCCUCUAACUGGGAUUUCCUCCAACUUUGCAUGCCCUUGCUGUUUCGAAGGGCUCCUCCCCCAGGCCCCCAACUCACCGUGGGGCUCUGGCUGGGGAGUUUGGUGCAGUGGAGGGCCGGUCCCUCAGCCUGGCAUGGGGGCUGUCUCCUGGUUCCAACCAGGCUGCCUUCUAGUGCGACUGGAACCCUACCUCCCAGUAUUUCUGGACACCGCUCCCGUCUUCUGGAUCAUUUAUGCUUUUUGGACUUUAAGAGCCUUCUAUUUAAAUGCAAGUAGUAACAGCUGCAUUUGCACAGCGCUUUCUCCAACACCAGAUCCCCACAUCCAAGGCAGAGGGAGGGAACAGGCUCAGAAAGAUCAAAGUGACUUCUAAGUCACUCACAGUAGCUGGGAAUCUCCCAGGGAGAGAACCCAGGUGGCCCAAGCCCAGAGCAUGCCCCAGAACCUCACUCUGUGUAAUGCUGUUAGCUUGAACUUUUCACUGGACAAGGGACAAUUGCUAGGAAAAUAUUGACAGCCAGGGUCUGCUGGGGAUGGAAUCCAAGCUGUGGGCAGAGGAGGGCCCAGGAUGGGGAAGGUGGGCAAAGGGGACAGCUACUGCUUGACCACUUUCCCCAGCUGCGGUUAUUCUGCUGUGCUGCUCUGUCUUGGCUGCCUCCUGUGCCCGGCCAUGCUGCCACCCUCCUUGUCACUGCCACCGUGGCUGUAAGGCAAUAAAAUGGACCUUUGCCCA